AUGAACAACACUGUCGUCGACCCAGUCAACCAUGCAACUAGAGACCCCAAGUUCAGCCCGGGAGCCGGCCAAGCGUUCUUUUCUACCGAACUUGGUACCCGCGCUCCCCGUUCACUAGGUCCAAUUCGUGCGCCCGUCAUCGCACGUAGCGUCCAAGGUCCUGCGGCUGUGGUGCAAGCAGCGACCCAUUGGCAGGUAAAGUACAAGAAUCAGUGUCUCUGCAUUCUACCCUCACAGGGGUGGACCGUGGAAGACCUAUGGGAUGCCGAAGAUGUCCACAUCGAGGGCAGGAAAUUCUGCGAAGAGAUGUUGACCUUCAUCUCCCGAAACACCUACUACGCGGCGGACCGAUUCGCUAAGGAUUGGGCGCUCGCGCAUCCAGAUCGAGUCGACUUUAUCGGGCUUCAGAUGGGCAACGUCUACGACAUCAACGAUCCGCUUGCCAUCGUCGACCAGAUCUUCGUGUUCGGCGAGCCUCUCGGGUUCCCUCGUGUAUUCCUCUGGCACGUCGCUCAUAUUCUGAUUACUACAUGGAUCGAGAUGAACAAGGCGACUAACGAGACACUGCGCGAGAGCCUGACGCCACAAGCACGCACUUGGGGUCAACAGUCCACCAAUGAAGCAACCCAGCCUUCGUCCACCCUUGUCGAGAUGUCUACAGACAAGAAAGGCAGUAAGAAAAACCGCAAGAUCACACGAUCUCGACCCAGCAAACUGACCACAUCGGCAGAGCCUUCGUCCGUCGUCGAUAAGCCAGACCAUGUCGCGAAUGAGUCUUCCGGAGUACCAGAUCAGCCCAACAUGCGCUAUGCUCCUCAACGCAUCCCGUCGCAGGGUCUUGUUCAGCGUGGGGGCCAUUCUGCUCCAUUGAGGAGCGGCGAUAUGGGUGUUCCGGCGGGGCCCUCGAGACCGUCACCCAACAUGCAUGCGCUAUCCUUGAACAUUCCAAAAUCCAAUCGUAACAUGAACUCCGGAUCCUACGUUCAGCAACACGGCUGGGUCGAGAACAACAACCGCACUGCAUAUGGUCCAUACCCACGACAGCCUUCUGGCGCUAUGCCUGCCAUGCAGUCACCUCACUUCCUACCCCCGCAAAUGGCACCGGGCCAACAUAUCGCUCAGCCAAUGAUGUCGGGUGUAGUUCCGUAUGUUCAGGUGGUCCAUCAUGGCUUUGCUCUCCAGCACCCCGACCCUGGCCUGAUGUCUCGAGCACAACUCAACUACCAGCAGAACAUGAUGCAAGCUCAGCCAAUAAACCCUAUAUUCACGCAGCAGCCACACAGCCAGCACGUCUCGAUGGGCGACAUGACUAACAACAUGAUGCUUCAACAUCAGGAUCCUCGUGCGCCGGUGCCCCGUCGUUCCAAUCCACCGCGCAACCCCCAAGAGCUCUACGAUCCUUACGGUGGCAACAACCCUAAGUUCAACGGUGCCCCGGGUCAUAACAACAUAGGCCGGAAGGGUGGUAACAGCGGCUUCGCCGCUCAGUCUGGCCGUGGCCGCAAAGUAUCCAACCCAGGCGGGCGAGAGUCAUAUAACAGGUCCAACGCUGAUUACAGCGGCAUCGUUCCAUCUGGCGGACCUCGAUAUGCCGACUACAACAAUCGACGUCGCCCAUCGGAAGACGACCCGGCUAUCACUGGCGACUCCGUCUCUGGUUGCGGUCAUACAUGGAUUGGACCCAAGAACCAGACUGUCACCGAGCUUUGGAUCGGAGAUUUGUUACCCGAUACCGGCGAGUCUGAAAUUGCACAGAUGUUCAAGCAGACGAUCGGCAUUAAUCCUAUCGCGGUCUCCUUGAGGGGCAACAAGAUCGGUGCAAGUUCUAUUCAUGCCUUUGCUACAUUCGUAUCAACUGCAGACGCCAGCGUAGCCUUGGGCAUUAAUAAGUUUAAUCCUCACGUACGUGGAGUCCGACCCGUUGUGACGGUACCAAGGCGAUUCUACCAGAGGGAUAUACCAUCGAGUUCAAGCUAUUUCGAUCAGUCACAUACUGGGCGUGAUGCUUCACGCAUGUCGAUUCAGAAAGACGACAAGCCUGUCACUGAUGUAGAGUCAAAUGCACCUACAGAGAGCGCCAAGGCAUCGUACUCUCCCCAGGAUGCUAGAAGCGGCCUGUUGAAGAAGCCAUCCCCGCAGUUGGACGUUCCUAGCUAUCCAGAGACAGGAGACGUCAAGCUCGAGAUGCCCAAACAUCAGCAGAAAUCUCCUACAAAGAAGAACAAGGGCAAAGGUAGGCGCGAAUCGACAGUCAAGAACACCGGUGCAGCCGAUGAGAAGACGAAAGCUGCUGCGAAGCUGAACUCUGAUGGCCCAGCUGUCACGAAAGAGGAAGAGACCAGCACAGAGUCUACCAAAACCAUCACUAGACCUACGAAGCCAGCGACUGUCGAUGGGCCUACUCCUUCGGCUGAAGAACAUAAACCCUCUCCCCCCGAAUCUACACCAGCGCUAGACCAGCCGGAAAAUGUAGCCGACGCUUCUACCGUACCGCCACCCAAGGAUUCGGAGACGCUAGAGGCAGGACAAGACGUCAAGACAACACAAAAACAGCGUGACACUGACGUCCCUCUCAACUUCGCGGGCGCCCUUGCUAAGAAUCUAGAGACUAGACCUGACGCUACUUCCAUCGCUAAGGAUAGUGAGAACACAGGUGGUGGGCCUUCGAGUACAGCUCCGAUAGAAUCGCCUGCGCAUUUAGCAGACAACGACGUCUCGGACGAUGAGGCCAAGAACGACACUAGCUUCCAUUCUGCGCCAGAAAUCCAGCCUGAGUCUGUGCAAGCGCAGCCGCAACCAGAGCUCCAGGACAAGGCGAUGACUACGAACCAUGAAACCACAAAGUCGCCGUCUAUACCUACAGAGACCAGCCUGAAUAAAUCCCCAACACUGAUCACCCCGCGCAAUACUACUCAGUCUGAUCCACCUGUAGCUGCGCCGACAAAAGGAGAUACCGCGCCUCAGCUUCCAGCGUCGGAGAGUACACAAGAUCCUACAACAACCGCUACUGCUCAAGGAAACGAAGAAAUGUCAACAGCUGCAGAGACCUCACCCGUCACUGCAACCAAGAAAGCUGGCACUCAGCAGAUGCAGUCGCUCCACCCGUUCGCGAAGAGCAACAAGUCUCAGGCCAAACGAGAAAAGGAGGCUAGAAAGAAGCAGCAGAGGAAAGAAGACGCUGAUCGGGUCGCUAAGGCGAAAGCUGAUAAGGCCAUAUCCUCGCAAAAGCCCAACGACGGUCCCUCCGCUCAGCGUGAGACUGGGUCUCUAGGAGACUCUGUGAACUCACCUGGAGCUACAGAUACAGUUGCUCAACCAGAAGCGGCCAACUCAAAGACUGGCGGUGAUAGCACCACAGGAAACAAGAAGUCCAAAGGCAAGGCAAAGAUGCAGCCAGCUGGUACCAGCUCUGCCGAUGGCGAAGACAAGGCUGUUGCCGAAUCGGAGAAUGUUAAACUCAAUGGUAAUAUCAACGAUUCCAAGGAUGUCUCUUCAGUAACUCACCAGGCGGAAAAGAUGGAGGCCUACCUCGCCGCGCCAGCCAACCAGGGAUCUUCGGGAGACUCUGGGGUAACCCCAGCUGCUGAACCGACCCCAUCAACUCCACCAUAUGUCCCUUCAAUUACCCCAAAAACACAAGGCUCCUCCCAGAAGAUGCCCGCCCAGGAAGUAAAUGAUCCCCAUAACCUCACUUCCAAUCAACAAACUCACGUUCCAGGUCACUCUCGCCGCUCUUCCGCUUCCACGCUAGUCGGAGAAGAGCGAGUGUUGCCGUCUGCUUUUACCCCUCCUGCCCCUACCCACCCGGACUCCUCGCGAACCGUCUCUCCUGAUGAAGCACCCCAGCUCGACGCCACCCCGACUGUAGCACCCAAGAAGAAAAAGAAGAAACCAAAAAAGAAGAAGACCGCACCCGUCCUCCCUUCAGUUGACCCCGACCCCCCCAGGGACGGGGACUAUCAUAACUAUGAUCCUUUUUCGUCCCAAAUGAGCCACAUAGAUGCUAUUCGUCGGGCUAACAAGUACGAUACUACCUCUUACUAUGCGGUUACAAACGCGCGAAUGGAGAGGGAUGCUGAAGAGAGCAGAAGGGCUGCUCGAGCCCUUGCGGAUCUGGAUGAACAUGCUAGCUGA